AUGCCGUUUGCACCUUCAGCAGAGGAGCCAUUGCUCCCACUAUCUCUCGAAGAGCCAUUUCUAGCUGCUGCCGAGGAAGCAAUGGUGUCCGCAGUGCAGGCUUCUCUUAAGGAGGCAGAAACACUACGCCAGCAGCUUGACGAGGUGGCCGCUACUCUACGCGCCGCUGCUGCACUGCCGAUUGAUGCAGAUGGAAAAGUGAAUUUGGCAGAGCUGGGAAAAAUACUAGAAAGCUUUCAACAAGCAGAAAGUCGCCUUCGAAAGCUAACGACGAGGGUUGUAGCGAGGAUCUUUCUUGUGGAUGGAGAAAAAGCUAAGGGAAUGCUGCGAACUAGAGUAAAUAAUCUUAAGGACGAACUGUGUAACCAGGCCUUAGCAUGGGUGGAGAACGAAGUAAGCAGCCUCCAUAAAGCUUGGGAAGUGGCCUUAUCUAAGGCUUCAAUGGUCCCAGCUAGCGAACAAGAGCUAGUCGAAUUGAAGAGGUACUUGGCUGUGGUCCACCAGGAGACAGCGCCUCUAAUUGCGAGAGGCCAAACUCUCACCAAUCUCAUGUCGCUUCUCGAACAACACUUCGUCUUCACUGCAUUGAGGGUCCAAAAGCAAGCUUUUGAACUAGAUUGCUGUCCAAUGAAACUUAAGAUGGCUCUGUGCGAGACAAACGGCAUUCUUGACUUAGCGAAAGAGAGGCUAGAAGCAAGAAGGCAAAUCAGCGCCCAGCACUUACAAACAGAGUGUGAGGCGCUCCGUGCGGAGUUGGACGCAGCAACGACGAUGUUUAAGCACGUGGAAGAGUGUGCUAGUUACAGGCAAACUCUGGAGAAGCUGAGUGAAAGGGUAUACGCUGCGAGAUCAGAGAUUGACAAUUUGCGUAAAGCUGAAGCUCUCUUCGGCCUUGAAGCCUCAGAAUUUGAGGAGCUUGAGGGCGUUUGUGUUGUUUUCGACCGCCUCAACGAACUUUGGACAGCAGCGUUCGACUUUACAAAGAACCGCGAAGAGUGGAAAGCCGCGCCAUUAGCUCACCUUGACUGCGCUGAUAUGGAAGAAAAAUUGCAGCAGUGGCGGCAAGCGGUAUCAUCUUUGAGGCGCAUGGCGGGUAUCUUCCGUUCUGUCGAGCCGCUUCAGGCAUGUGACGAACUGCUGCAGGCUAUUGUGGCCUUCCAAAAGAUGCUGCCCUUAAUGAAAACACUGACGCACCCAUCAUUCCAAGCAAAGCACUGGCAGGAGCUUGCAACAAGGCUGGAGGUUGACGCUACGGAAGAGAGUGGUGUGUUCUUGUCACUCAACACACUAAUUCAAAGAGGCUUGCCAGAAGCUACGCAAGCAAUUGAGCUAAUUGGCUCUGCCGCCUUCCGAGAGUUCCGCACCAAAGCGUGCUUCCAGAAGAUGAGAGGGGCGUGGCGGGCUCUCCGAAUGGAUCUGGUUACCCUUGGAGAUGCGUCCUUGGGCAGAAAAAUACUCAAAGGCUUUGACGCUGUACACUCUCUGAUCGAGGAACAUCAAGCAAGUGUGCAAAGUUUGCAGGCUUCGCAGCUGGUGGGUGGCGUAGAACUGCAAGCACGCGAAUGGUUGCGAAAGCUAAGUGAUCUUGAUACUCUAUGCAAUCUUUUGGAGGCUUGCCAGGUCUCGUGGGUGUACUUGGUACCCAUCUUCGAUUACCCUGAAAUGCAGCAGCAACUAGCGAAGGAAGCUGACCUACUUAGCUCGGUGGGCAAACUAUGGAAGGAUGAAGUCAUCUCUCGACUUGACGAGAAUUCGGGCUUGCUGGAUCUGGCCGACCUCGAAGAGCUGCCUCAAAAGCUGCGUUCUGCUUGCAUCGAGAUGCAAUCAGUUGUGAAGGGCUUGAAUGAAUUUUUAGAAAGAAAACGGCUGGCCUUCCCGCGCUUUUUCUUUUUGUCAAACGAGGAGCUUGUACAGUUGCUGGCUGGUGCCAGUCACGCUGAAGCCCUUGUUCCUCAUAUUCAGAAGUGCUUUGAGGGCAUUUCCUCAAUGAAGUAUGACCAGGACUCGAAUGAGGCCAAUAUCAUUAUAUCCCACAGGCAGGAAACCCUUCAACUUCUAAUGCCAGUUCAACUGGCACAUGACGGAAAAUCGAUCAGUAUCGAAGACGUUUUCUCCUCUAUCGAACGCGAAAUGUGCGCGGCGCUUCAACACGCCAUGCAGAGAGCCUGGGAAGAAUUUCCUGCAGCUCCAACUCGGUUGCUGUGGGCUACAGAACGGUGUGGGUGCUCCCAGGCAGCACUGGCCAUAGCACAUUGUUGCUGGACCACGCAGGUGGAGGCAGCAAUACUGCAGCACCAGUUGCCGCAACUGGUGAAGGACCUGCAACACCAGCUGCAACAGCUAGUUGAGGCGGUCAGAGGACCUCUAAGCCCUGACAGUCGUUCGGUGCUAGCGACUUUGUUGACAUUGGACGUGCACUGCCGCGAUGUAGCCGAGGAGCUGAGACAGAAGAAGACUAGUCAUAUGAAUCAGUUUGAAUGGAUUUGCCACCUUCGAAGUUACUGGACCCCUGGUUCACACCAUUUAGGCGGCGGAGCUGUGCCUGGUGGCUAUUUUGCCGGUGGGAGACGGCUGAAUAGAACUGGAGGCCGAGGGACCAGCGGCGGCCUACAGAUUUGUAUGUUAGAGAGCUCCCUGAACUAUGGCUUCGAAUUGCUGCGUAGUCCUGACCGUCUAGUAGUAACACCGCUAACAGAUCGGUGCUACCGCACUCUCAUGACAGCCCUGCAUUUCCAGUAUGGUGGAGCUCCCGAAGGACCAGCAGGGACAGGAAAGACAGAGACAACUAAAGACCUCGCAAAGGCUGUAGGAAAGCCAUGCCUUGUUUUUAAUUGUAGCGAGGGCCUAGAUGCUACGGCGAUGGCUGCCUUGCUAAAGGGGAUCGCAGCAAGCGGUGGCUGGUGUUGCUUUGACGAGUUCAACAGGCUGCAACUUGAUGUCCUGUCCAUCGUUGCACUGCAAAUUUCCGCAAUUCAACAAGCCAUCAGAAGGAAUGCCAUAACGUUUGUCUUUGAAGAUACAGAUCUCCAACUUAACCCAACCUGCGCUAUUAACAUCACAAUGAACCCUGGAUACGCUGGACGCGCAACGUUGCCCGAUACCCUAAAGGCCCUGUUCCGACCCUGCGCUAUGAUGGUCCCUGAUGCCUCCUUAAUCGCUGAAGUCGUUCUUUACUGCAGCGGCUUUCAAGAUGCCUACAAGCUCUCAAAAAAGGUGAGCAAACGUCUUCAUAUAAUCGUACGCCAGGCAACAUAG